AUGCAUACGAAAUGCAUGAUUGAGGUUAAUGAUGAGGCGAGCAUUAGACCCAACAAGAUAUUUCUAGCAUUGGCUAAUAAGGAGAUGUUGAAUUACUUCAUGCGAAUGAAGGAGAUAAAUCCGAACUUCUUCGAUGUAGUGAAUGUGGACGACGAUUACAAAUUUAGGAGUGCAGUCUGGGUGGAUGCGAGGUGCGGGGAGUCUUAUGAAUACGAUAGAGACGUGUUGGAUGUUAAUAAAUGUGGUUGUUUUUACUUUAUGCAUGGUUUACCGUUUGCCUCUUUUGUCGGUGUGAACCACCAUGAAAAGUCUACUUUGUUAGGCUGUGCUCUACGAGGCAGCGAGGAGAUCCCGAGUUUUAAGUGGGUGUUAACGCAAUGGCUUAAGUGCAUGGAAACUACACCGCAGGAAAUCAUCACAGACCAUUGCAGGUUCAUGUUUGGUACAAUUAGGAAGAUUGAGGCUUUUGAGGAUGGUUGGGCUGAAUUCAUUGAUGAGUUCAACAUACAUCACAAUACAUGCCUUUCAGACCUAUUUGAGGACCGACGAAUGUGGGUGCCGAUCUUUUUCAAUGGUCAAUUUUGGGCUACUAUGAGGAGUACGCAAAGGAGUGAAAGUAUGCACGCAUUCUUUGGUGGAUACUUAUAUUGCAAGAUUAGCUUGGUUCAGUUCAUCCACGAGUUUGACAAUGUGCUUGGAAACAUGGAGCAUAAGGAACUGGAAGACGAUAUUGUAGACUCGAGAGGAAUAAUCCCAUGUGCAACUAGCUCAGCCAUUGAGAGACAAUUUCAACAAGGGUACACCAACGGCAUGUUUAGGGAUGUCCAAACGGACUUUGGCAAGAAGGCUGAUUGCAAUAUUCGUGCCGUUUAUGAAUAG